AACUUCAGUGUCAAGUUUAGCUCCUGUCGUGAUCAGUGCAAACAUCCUUUUAAACCGUUCCUCCCGCCCGUUCGUGGAUUUAAUCAAAAGCUUAGCCAACUACCACCCGAUAACAUGAAGUUCAGUACUGCUUUGGCUCUGCUGGUGAUCGCCGGCAUCGUCGCCUCUGGCGACGCCCUCCCGGCGCGGAAGAACCGGCAAUACCUCAUUCCAGGAAUGGUAUACUACCAGCAGCCUGCCGCCGCCGAAUGGUAUGGCUCCGUCCCGCAGCAGCGCGUCAUGUACAUGCAAUACGUGCAGCCAGGUCGCACCCACGCCCGCUCUACACAGGCGGCCAGCGCGCUCGUGGCCGGCGAAACUGUAGCCACCGGAACCUACUUGAGAGAUUGCAAUCACGCAGAGUCUGAUGUCAGUGCCGAGGGAGUUCAGGCCGAUGAUGCCUUGACCGCUGCUGGUGCCCACAGUGCCACAUCCGUGGCCGAGGCCUAUCCAGACUCUGAGCCCGUCGUCCAGGUCGCCAUCAGUGCCGACGCAGCGCCACAGGUCGAAAACGAGGCAGAACCUGCUCCAGAAUCGAACCCCUCGGAGAACGACGACGCCUCUAAAGUACCCCGAGAUCUUGUGUUUACUGAUGAGGAAUCUGUUGCCGCUGUCCCCGCUGCUGCCCCUGUCGCCGACGAGGAGGUUAUUACUGCGCCUGUUGCCGUCGAGUCAGAACUGCCCGCACCUAUUGCUCCAGUAGCCAGCGUCGUCCCUGCCAACCGAUACCUGCCCGCCAAGAAGAAGGUCAUCGUCGAGUUGGACCAGUCGCCGGAGGAAGAUGAGGAACCCCAGGCCGCAGCUAUUGAGGAUGAAGAGGAAGUUGAGAACGCCGUGUCUGACGAUGUCGAAGAAGACGAGGAACAGCUGUCCGCUCCCGUCAAGCCAGUCAACCCUGUGCGCGUGCCAAACGCUCGCCGUCCUGCAGCCAAAAAACCCGUAAAAGCUUCUCCGGCCGGAGGUAAGCCCUCCAAGAAACCCUCCGCUCCCUUGCCUGCCGGCACUUUCUUCCCCAUUGACUUCGGCGGCACCAACGGAGGCGCUAUUGCCAUCGCGAAUUCCUUUAGUACCGGUGAGGGCGGAUCCGCCACCAGCCACGCCAUCGCUUACGGCUCCCCCGAAUCAGCCGCCCGUCGUGUGCGUCCCAAUCCCAGCAAGUUCCGUCACUAAACGACCAAGUGUCCGUACCGUAUCUUGCUAACGCCCGCAUCUCGCAAAAGGCACUCGAUUCUAAAAAGUUCCCGAAGUUAACCAGUAAACUAUUAGCUAAAUUGUAAAUCUUUUGAACGUUUUCAAGUAAAGAUCU